AUGGUGUUUUCUCCCCUCAAAAGAGCUGAUGCAGUAUGUUUGUGUUACCUUGUCUUGUUUUAUAAUAGGUCACCAUUAACUAUCUAUUGGGAAACUUGGGAAAAGAUUAUUCAAAUGGCAUAUGCCAUCUCUGAGUCUGAUGCUGCCAUGGCUCCAAAAGUAAAGGAUGGAGAUGAUCCAUAUGUCAAGGAGAUGUUCCUGAGGGGAAGAAAAUAUUACCUCUAUGUUCACAGUUACUUGCGCUAUGGUUUACUAGCUGCUCGUGCAGAGAUUUUAAAGGUUUCCGGUGAUGCUGAAAACCCGUGUAUCUUAUCUGGCUAUGAUGGAUCUUACAACUAUGGAGGAAAGAAAUAUAAGGCAUCGUCCUCUGGAGCAAGCUUAAAUGAAUGCAAAAGCGUCGCUCUCAAGGCUCUCAAAGUCAACGAGUCAUCGUGUACACAUAUGAAGUGCACUUUUGGCGGGAUAUGGAAUGGUGGAGGUGGGGAUGGACAGAAAAACCUCUUUGUUGCCUCAUUUUUCUUUGACCGGGCUGCUGAGGCUGGUUUUGCUGAUCCAAACAAACCAGUUGCAAUAGUUCAUCCUAUGGAUUUUGAAGAAGCUGCCAAGCAGGCUUGUCAAACGAAAUUCAAGAAUGCCAAAUCCACUUAUCCACGAGUUGAAGAGGGGAACCUUCCAUAUCUUUGCAUGGAUCUUGUUUAUCAGUGUACAUUGCUUGUUGAUGGGUUUGGCAUAUAUCCCUGGCAAGAGAUUACAUUGGUAAAGAAAGUUAAAUACGAAGAUGCCCUUGUUGAGGCAGCUUGGCCGCUAGGAAGUGCCAUUGAAGCUGUAUCGGCUACAUAA